CUUUUCCACUUGUCAAUCCAAAAGAGCAAAACAAGAAAGACAAACCCCAAACAUCAUCGCAAUCGCACCACAGCCCAAUCCACUAUGGCCAAGAAGAAAAAGAGCUCAAAGGAAGAGCAGCAACAGCAGCAGCAGCAGCGUGACAGGAGCAGCAGCAGCAGUGGCAGCAGCAGUGGCACUGCGAUCACCGGGCUGCGUCCACAUGACGCACCCCAACAGCAAGCACAGCAGCAACUACAACAACAAGCACAGCAGCAGCAACAACAAGCAGGAGUGGGUCCUGCAUCCGUGCCACCGCCGCCCCGCGACGUCCCAAUGCCAGCGCCAUCUGCGUCCGAUGCAGCAGCAGCCGUGUCGCAGCCGCUCUCCAUCAGCGGACCCACCAACGUCAAGCGCCACCUGUCGCUCUCGCUCGACCUCGAAUGGACGGGCGCUGAGCCCCUCGACAUUUUCCAGCUCGUCUCCAAGAUUGGCGAAGGGUCGUUUGGAUCGGUCUAUCGAGCGGUGGAUCGCCGCAGCGGAGGAGUGUUUGCCGUCAAGUUGGUUUCGCGACAACCAGCAGGGACAAACUCGCUGUCUCCGUUGUCCAGCAUGCCGGGCAGCCCAGUUUCGUCGUCGCGUCACAGUCCGUCCACAGUAGCCGCCGCAGCCGCAGCCGCGGUCUCGUCAGACCUGCUGACGGCAGAGUUGGAGAACGAGCUCAACAUUCUGAAACAGUGCCGACACGCCAACAUUAUCAGCUACUAUGGCUGUUUCCGCUCGUCCAAGCACAUGUGGUUGCUGAUGGAUUGUUGCGUGGGGAAUGUCAAAGACCUCGAUCAAUGCAAGCCGCUCGCGGAAAAGCACAUUGCCGCGAUUGCCGCGUCGGCGCUGCAUGGCCUUGUCUACCUGCACGGCAAGCGCAUUUGGCAUCUGGACAUCAAGCCCACGAACAUUCUCAUUGCUGCAUCGGGUGUCAUUCAACUGGCCGACUUUGGCGUCUCAAAGAUGAUUGCGGUGCAUCGCCGAUCGCAAAACGCCAGCAACGGGACUGGUGGUGCCGAAACCAGUCCAGAUGCAUCCGAGGUCUGGGAGCCCGCGGCUGGGAGCAAGCUGUACAUGGCUCCGGAAGUGCUGCAAGGCCGCAACGUUGCAUACGACCAUCGUGUGGAUGUGUGGUCGCUUGGCAUUUCGUGCAUUGAGCUUGCCGAAGGCCAGCCGCCGUAUUCCGAACUGCGCCCAAUGACUGCUGUGCGGCACAUUCUCGAGCAGCCAGCCGCAAAGCUAGCCGACGUUGAGCGACUGCGCAAAAACGCUGCCCGUGAGGCAGCCAAGCAACAAAAGCUCCAAAAGCGCUCUGCACAGCGAGUCAAGUCUGACGAUCCGAAGACGGCAAAGCUGAUGAGCGAGGCUGGAAUCAGCCCGACUUCGGCCGAGUACAUGCAGAUCGAUCAACCAACCGCUGGGAAUGAGCAGGAUUUGUGGCUGCGGCGGCCAUCGAAGCGCUGGUCGUCCGCGUUUGAAGACUUUGUGGCGCAGUGUCUUGAGAAGAAUGCCCAGGAACGGCCUGCCUCGUCUCAAAUGGAGACUCACAGUUUUGUCGCCCACGCGCGCUGUGACGGCACGGUGAUGCUCAAGCGGCUCAACUCGUUCAAGUCGACGCGAGACGCCAUCAAUGGCGGUGACCCGUUGUCUUCCGACGUUGUCCAGGACUAUGAGGGAGCCCCCACUGACAACAACAAUGAGAGUCAGACGAGUUCAUUGGCGGACGAUUCGCGCUUGAAUGCGAGCGCAUCUCGGCACGCCCUAUCAACGUUCCCAGCUCCCAAGCGCAUCCGGGCCUACACAACCGAGACCACGUCGAGUGCCGUUUUGGUCGACUCGCGGCUUUCGACGUCGUCCGUGUACUCCGAUGCACCCAGUACCCGGUCGAGUGGCUUUAUCACCAGCCGAGGCAGUUCCGACCGAUCGCCGUUGCUUGCCAAAAACACAAAACUGAACGCCGGACGCCCAGCUAUCCCUUACCGCCAAGACGAUAGCGUGACUGUCAAGUGCUCGUGUUGCACCAUCCUUUGAUUCGAUGUUGUCUGUUUGCUUGUUUUUGCUUUCUGCUUUGCGGUUCUGUUCCAUUUUAUCCACCCCGCUCCGCUUUCUGCUGCCACCAGUAAAAUCACUUUCACAACCACCAC